AUGCUUAGGAACCCAACUAAUGUAUCAAACGUUGUUCAAUGUUCAAAACUUGAGCCACAGCCAGUAAUACGAAUAUAUUUGCAAACAAAUUUCAAUUUGUUUAAAUUUAUAGGCGAUGGUGAUAGUAGUGUUACUAAACGUCUACACGAAUUACUUCCGUAUGGUCCACGUCUACUAGUAGAAAAAAUUGAAUGUAGAAACCAUAUUCUACGAAAUUAUUGUCAAAAAUUAAUGGCACUUACAAGAAAUACAACAUACCCCUGUUAUAUUCGUAAAUUUAUAAUUCGAAAUACAAUUCAAUUUCGUACAGCCAUUACCAAAUCUAUCAAAUACAGGAAAAAUUUAGAUCAGUCACUUUAUGAAAAAAUAGAAGGAUUACGUAAGGACAUACUGAAUGCACCUUAUCAUAUUUUUGGUCAACAUACAAAGUGUGAACAAUAUUUUUGUCCUGGACCAAAACAAUGUGAAACAAAUUUAGUCCCGGAGGUAAUAAAGUGUGGUCUAAUGAAUCAAAUUGACCAUAUUCUUCGUCGUGUAGUGGACAACGCCAAGAGUUUACUAUUCGAUAUUGAUAAUAAUUAUUGUGAACAAUUCAACAGUAUAAUCAACAAAUAUAUAGCCGGUAAAAGGUUAAAUUUCAGCCAAAAACAAUCCUACAACACAAGAGUUCAAGCAGCUAUAGUAUCAUUCAAUUCCGGUGGUGAAUAUAUUCGUAUGAUUCAUAAAAAUAUAACAAAGCAAAGCCCAGGACUAGUUGCCAAACGUUUUAUGAAAUAUUCAACUGACGAAAAAAAAGUUUAAGAAAUAGACGAGCCCUUUUCUUAUCAAAAGGAAAGUAUAAAAAUAAAAAUUCAACAUCAAAAGGCCCGGAUGAAAA